AUGUGGCCAACGGCGGUCGUCCAGGGCGGCCGGUCUGCGUGGAAGGGACCGUUCUUCGUCGCCUUUCCCAACCUUAAGCAUGCCCUCGAGAACAACAUUGCCAUCAAGACGCAGGCGCGGUCAUGUACCAUCCUCCCUAACUUUAUAGGGCUGCGCUUCAUGGUGCACAACGGGAAGGAUUACGUCCCGGUAACGGUGACGCAGGACAUGGUCGGGCAUAAGCUGGGGGAGUUUGCGAUCACCAGGAAACGGUUCACUUACAAGGCGACAAAGAACAAAUAGACUACAGUAUUCCUGGCCGUGACUGUAUUCGUCCCUGCUAUCUCAUUGCUAUCAUAUAUUAUUCCGUUAC